GAAUGUUAUUGUCACAUAUACAGAGUUAAAAGAUCACAAGCAGUGAAGAUCAAAAUGGAGAGAUCAGUUGGGGUACUGUACGUCGUCGUUUUAUCAUGCUUAGUGCUGGGACGUUGCACUAACGCCCAGAGCGCGUCCAACGUACGCGCCACCUAUCACUUCUACAACGCCCAGCAAAACGGAUGGGAUUUGAGAAAAGUGAGUGCCUACUGCGCUACUUGGGAUGCUGACAAGCCUUAUUCAUGGCGGAGCAAGUACGGCUGGACUGCCUUUUGCGGCCCCGUCGGACCUCACGGUCGAGCCGCCUGCGGAAAAUGCUUACGGGUAACAAACACGAAAACAAGAGCUGAAACAACAGUGAGAAUCGUGGACCAGUGCAGCAAUGGGGGAUUAGAUUUGGAUUGGAGUGUGUUUAAG